AUGCCGCAUCUUCGGCCGACAAUACUGAGCAGAUACCUUCUUCAAGGUCAAUUGUCCGCAAGGGGCUGUCUGAACUCCCGAUAUCGAGGGUAUGCCAUCAUUGCGGCCCGAACUUCAAGAGCAUCUGCCCCCACGCCCGGGCAUGCGCGCGUUCGAGCUCUGCACACCGAGACUACCUCUCCAGCUCCCACCGACCCAGAUGCGCCAGUGCCAGGUCACGUCCCAUUGCGCAAACAGCUGAAGGACGAGGCGAAGAGGCAGAAGGCGACUGGCAAGAAGAAAAGGAAGAAUGCAAAUAACCAGGUCGUCGAUGGCUGGGAGCUGACCGUCGGCAUCGAGAUACACGCCCAGCUCAACACCGCAAAGAAGCUCUUCUCAGGAGCCUCCACCUCCUUCAACGAUGACCCGAACACGCACGUCGCCUACUUCGACCUGGCUACACCCGGUAGCCAGCCCAUCUUCCAGAACGAGACCCUGAUCCCAGGGCUGAGAGCUGCAUUGGCACUCGAAUGCAACAUACAGCAAGUCAGCACCUUCGACCGGAAGCACUACUUUCACUGGGAUCAGCCUUCGGGCUACCAGAUCACGCAAUACUACGAACCGUUCGCACGAGACGGCCGGAUAUUGUUACAACCUAGGGAUGGCAUUGCGGCUGAAGACGGCGGCGAAGGGCUGUCUGUCGGCAUCAAGCAGGUUCAAAUGGAGCAGGACACGGCCAAGACACUCGCACAGCCCGGCGACGUGCACUGGAUCGACUUCAACCGGGUCGGCGUCCCCUUAAUUGAGAUCAUCACCCUGCCGGAAAUACACCACCCAGCUACGGCUGCUGCCCUAGUGAGGAAGGUCCAGAUCCUCCUGAACGCCGUCGACGCAUGCGUGUCUGGCAUGGAAGCGGGAGGCCUGCGUGCCGACGUCAACGUGUCUGUCCGAAGAACCGACGAUCCAGCUGCCCCGCUCGGUCAAUGUACCGAGAUCAAGAACCUGAGCAGCUUCAAGGCCGUUGAAGACGCCAUUAUCGCCGAACGAGACAGGCAGAUCGCGGUCCUCGAGGCUGGCGGUACCAUAGCAGGUGAGACCCGUGGGUGGUCUAUCGGAUCUACAGAGACUCGUCGGCUGCGAGCCAAGGAAGGUGAAGUCGACUACAGAUAUAUGCCGGAUCCCGACCUGGCACCUAUUGUCAUUGGUGACGACUUGGUUCACCACCUCCGCGACACUAUGGGCGAACUCCCAGAUGUCGAGGUCGAUGGUCUGAUGAAGGACUUUGGACUUACUGCCAAGGAUGCGUUGUCCCUGAUUGCGCUUGAUGGGGGCAUGCGAAUUGAGUACUUCUGGAACGUCAUCGACGCCCUGACUGCUCGUCUCGGGCCAGACGCACUUGAGAAUCAGUUAUGCUUCCAGCUUGCCGCGAACUGGAUUCUGCACGAAUUAGGUCGAUUAACGUCGGAGCGUAGCGACGAUGCUGCGCAUGACCUUGGAUUUACAGUCGAGGGUCAAUGUGAACGUGUGCCGGUGGAUCACCUAGCCGACAUCCUCUUGUAUUUGCAUCAGCACAGGAUCACCGCCAAGAUCGCCAAGGAGCUGCUGUGGGUAGUAUUCCGCGGACGAAUACCAGAUCAGUACCCCACGGUCUCUGAUGCGAUCGAGCAAGAGGGCCUAUGGUUCCAUGAGUUAUCAGACGUCGAAUAUGCCGAGCUGGCCGAUGCGGCUGUCGAGGGACAAGACGACGUAGUGAAGCAGUUUGUGAACUACAGACAAUACCCCCAGGGAAAGCUCAUGUUCCUGGUCGGGCGGAUGAUCCGGUUGGGACAGGAGGAGAGGAUCGAUCCGAAGAACGCUGAAAGGAUCAUGAGAGCAGCACUAGAGGAGAAGUACGUGCCUGCGAUGGCGAAGCAAUGA